GUCGACCCGGAGUUGGUGUGUGUUAACUUUCAGUGCGGGUCGUUAUCUGUCUGGCUUUGGAUGGCUUGUAGCGGCUUUACUCCGGCGCGGCGGCCGGGAGUAGGAGUAGCGGUUGUGGUGACCUGCUGGGAGCGAUCGGGCUGUGUCCUGCUCGGCAAAAGGAAAGGCUCUAUCGGCGCAGGUACUUUCCAGCUACCUGGGGGCCACCUGGAAUUCGGAGAAAGCUGGGAAGAUUGUGCUAAACGGGAAGUUCUUGAAGAGACAGGACUUCACUUGAAGAAUGUGUACUUUGCAACUGUUGUAAAUAGCAUCAAGUUAGAAGAAAAUUAUCAUUACGUCACAAUUUUCAUGCAAGGAGAAGUCAAUAUGGACUACGAUUCAGAGCCAAAGAAUUUAGAACCACAGAAGAAUGAGGGAUGGGAUUGGAUCAAGUGGGAAGAUUUUCCACCAACAGACCAGCUGUUCUGUCCUUUAGCUUGUGUGAGACAAGUUUAUCAUCCUUUUGAAGAAAGACUUAAAAAUGCUGCUACAAAUUCACCAGUAAAUGAUGGUAAUCAGCCUCUUCAUUGCAUAUAAUGUUGAAAAAAGUGUUUACAAGAAGUGCGGAAUUACAAAUGAUGGUUUAGAAUCAGAGGCAACCAGAAGAACUAAUUGAUUUUAAUCAUGAAGCCAUACAUUAACGAAGAAACUAAAGUCAGCGAUCUGAACAAAGCCUUGCAUGCAUCUCCCCACAUUUAAAUAGUGUACAUGAUAAUGGUAUCAAA